GGGUGGAGCCGAGUGAAUGAGAAGGAGGGGGAGGGGCCCUUGCCUGGAAGCUGACGCUUUAGUGGUGGUGGUGGAGGUGGCAGCAGCGGCGGCGGCGGCAGCGGCAACAGCAACAGCAAUAGCAUGGCUGCUCUUUACGGGGGUGUGGAGGGGGGAGGCACACAGUCAAAGACCCUUCUACUCUCAGAAGAUGGACAGAUCUUGGCGGAAGCAGAAGGACUCAGCACAAACCACUGGCUGGUCGGGACCGACAAGUGUGUGGAGAGGAUCAAUGAGAUGGUGAACACAGCCAAGCAGAAAGCAGGCGUGGAUCCUCUGGUGCCUCUGCGAAGCUUGGGCCUAUCUCUCAGCGGAGGGGAACAGCAGGAUGCAAUAAAGAACCUGACGAAGCUGUUGAGAGACCGAUUUCCCAACCUGAGUGAAAGCUACUUCAUCACCACUGAUGCCGCAGGCUCCAUGGCCACAGCUACCCCACAUGGUGGGAUCGUGCUCAUCGCUGGGACAGGCUCCAACUGCAGACUGGUCAACCCCAAUCGCUCCGAGAGAGGCUGCGGCGGCUGGGGCCACAUGAUGGGGGACGAGGGCUCAGCCUACUGGAUUGCACACAAAGCAGUGAAGACAGUGUUUGACUCCAUUGACAACCUGGAGGUGGCUCCUCAUGACAUUGGUUACAUCAAACAGGCCAUGUUCAACUAUUUCCAGGUGUCAGAUCGACUAGGAAUCCUGACUCACCUUUAUAGGGAUUUUGAUAAAAGCAGGUUUGCUGGAUUUUGCAAGGAAGUUGCAGAAGGUGCUCUACAAGGAGAUGCUCUCUCUCGCCACAUCUUCACAAAGGCUGGGGAGAUCCUGGGCAAACACAUCAUGGCAGUGUUGCCUGAGAUCGACCCGGUCUUGUUCCAAGGGGACACUGGCCUCCCCAUCCUGUGUGUGGGCUCAGUAUGGAAGAGCUGGGAGUUGCUGAAGGAUGGUUUCCUUUUGUCGCUGACCAAGGGCAGGGAGACCCAAGCUCCUAACUCCUUCUCUCGUUUCACCUUGAUGAAGCUGCAUCACUCCUCUGCCCUGGGUGCAGCCAGCCUUGGGGCCAGGCACGCUGGCUACCUGCUUCCCAUGGACUACAGUCUCAGUGCAAUGGCCUUCUACUCCCACACCUUUUCUUAGGGGGUGGCCCUGGCUUCACUGUCUCCUGACCAUGUGGAUAUUGGGUGCUGGGAGGUAGAGGGCUUUUUCUCCUUUUCCUUUAAAUUAAAAA